AUGGCGGAUUCGCUGGGUAUCGGGACGUCAGACGAAAAAGAUUCUGAAAAUGACGAUCACGAAAGGGUCAAAUGUUCCUGGGGUGCUGCAGCGAUAUCGAGGAAGACAAACGUAUCUGGGUCGGCAGCGAAAAUGACGGAAACUCUCGGAUUUUACGAGAAACCCGCCGUUAAAGACGAGCAGCACGAGCACUCAGACCUGGAUGACUCUGACGAGCCGUCUCUGUUGAGGUUCAUGUGUGCCGAGCUGACCAGGGGCUACUUCCUGGAGCACAACGAGGCCAAGUACACGGAGCGGAGGGAAAGGGUGUACACCUGCAUGAGGAUCCCCAGAGAGCUGGAGAGGUUGAUGAUCUUCGGGGUCUGCCUGUGUCUGGAUGCCUUUCUGUACGUGUUCACUCUGCUGCCCCUGAGAACUCUACUGGCCUUCCUGAGGGUGUUAACGAUACCCUGCUGCGGCCUUGGCGCUAACGUUUGCCCUUAUUGCAGACGGAGCAGUGGCUCUCGGUUCCUGCAGCCGGCUCAGGUGUGUGACCUGCUGAAAGGUUUAAUCAUGGUGCUCUGUUACUCCAUGAUGCACUAUGUCGACUAUGCUAUGAUGUACCACCUGAUCCGUGGCCAGUCGGUCAUCAAACUCUACAUCAUCUACAACAUGCUGGAGGUGGCAGACCGUCUAUUCUCUUCUUUUGGGCAAGACAUUCUGGACGCUCUCUACUGGACGGCCACUGAGCCAAAGUCACGGAAGAGAGCCCACAUUGGAGUCAUCCCUCAUUUUUUCAUGGCUGUCUUCUAUGUCUUUCUGCAUGCCAUCCUCAUCAUGGUCCAGGCCUCUACUUUAAAUGUGGCCUUCAACUCACAUAAUAAAUCUCUGCUCACAAUUAUGAUGUCUAACAACUUUGUGGAAAUCAAGGGAAGUGUGUUUAAGAAGUUUGAGAAGAACAACCUCUUUCAGAUGUCUAACAGCGAUAUCAAGGAACGGUUCACCAAUUACGUAUUGCUCCUCAUCGUGUGCCUGAGAAACAUGGAGCAGUUUUCAUGGAACUCAGAUCACCUCUGGGUUCUGCUUCCUGAUGUCUUCAUGGUCAUCAUGUCUGAGAUUGCGGUUGACAUCGUCAAGCAUGCCUUCAUCACAAAAUUCAAUGACAUCACAGCUGAUGUCUACAGUGAAUAUAAAGCCAGCUUGGCCUUUGAACUUGUCAGCAGUCGACAACAAAAUGCCUACACAGACUACAGCGAUUCAGUGGCGAGAAGGAUGGGCUUCAUUCCUUUGCCUCUUGCUGUACUGUUGAUUCGGGUGGUGAUGAGCUCAGUCAAGAUCCAGGGCGCUCUCUCGUCUGUCUGUCUGCUCCUCUUUUAUCUUGGAUUGAUAACACUGAAAGUGUUGAAUAGUAUAAUUAUUCUGGGAAAGUCCUGUCGAUAUGUGAAAGAAGCUAACAUGGAGGGUAAGCUGUUUGAAAGACCGACUGCUCAGACCUCAAAGCAAACUCCCAAGAAAGCCAACCCUGCCAAAUCUCCCCCACCCUCAGCUGAACCUGAGGUUCAGCAGCCCUCCACCUCCAUCACCAAACAGCCGACCCCCAGGGCGAAGCCUUUUCCCCCGGCUCCACCCCCUGUAACUGUGGUGACCAGUGAUCCGCCACCAGAUUCUCCCCCUAAACCAGAGGAGAGCAGCAGCGAGACACAACAAUCUACUGAACUUAAACACAGAACCACAAAUAAAGAUCUGUUGGAGAUCGACCGCUUCACAAUAUGCGGCAACCGAAUCGGGUGAACUUUAACCCCAUCACCACAGUAACAGCUCAGGAACUAAGUUGAGGAGACUCAGGAGUAUAAGUCUGACAUAAUUGCGAGGGGCUUUCGAGUGAGUUCUUCAAAGGUUGCUACUAUUUAUCUCUAACUGAAAAAUGAGUCUGCUUCUAUUCCUGUGGAAUAUCUACUAAAGGAAUCAGAUCGAGUGCGUAAAGCAUUUCAAAUCAAAACCAAGAAUCUGUUCACCCUCGGCAGGCUGGCAUAUCACGUGGAAUAGAAUCUAGUAAAUGUUGCUCUAGGAUAUGUUUGUCUCGAUUUUUAUCCGAGACAGAACACAUUGAACAAUAAAUGAGGCAUGAACGUCUUACAAACUAGACUCUUCCCACUCAAAAUUGGUCUGAGUAGAAACUAAAAAACAUGAAUUACAAAAUUAUUUAUUUUUGAACACUUAAACUAUUUACUAAUUCCCAUCUGAUUCAAAUGAAUAGAUACAUUUCUACAUAUUGACACUUUUGGCUUAGAAUAUUAUGCUAAACAGAUUUGCCAAUAAUGCUGCCAUUAGAUUUGUUCAGUCUGCCAAAGAUUUGUUUUUAGAAGUUGUAAAGGUGUUAUUUGGUUAGAUACAUUACUGUGUUUUUUCAUUGUCUAUUUAAAAGAAAGGGAAGGUUUGUCUAGCCUAACGCCAGGCUGCUUGAUAAUUUAGCUCUGUAUAAUAUACAAGGUGCCAGCCCAGCAGACUUAACUUUGCACUGAUUUGCCAUAUUGUCUUAAGCGGUACAGAGUAUUUUUGUUUUGUUUAUGAGUAUAAUAUUGACCUGUUUACACCAGCUAUGAAAGAGCAAAUAAUUGUUUCAUAUGAAGUGUAACAUAGGAGUGUUUUUUUGAAUGCACAUUGUGUUUUGAAAUUCAACUCAUCUGUGACCAAUCACAUAGUGGGAGACUAUAUUGUUUGAUAUAAUUAUUUUGUUGUUUUAAAUGUAAGUAAAUUAUUAUAGAGUAAUUAAUAGUUCAAUAACAUGUUUAUACUAUUUUAUAAUGUUGCGUAGAAGUUGAUUUAGCAAUGAGAAAAGUUGAAUGUCAAUCUAAGUCCGUGCAGCCUGUCUAGAAUUUACCUCCAGUAUAGAGUCAUGUGGUGCAGACGUGCCCAAAGCCAAGUGACUUGAAUGGAUAUUCCGUCAUUCUCUUUUGACUGAAACUGUUUUUUAAUAACUUAAUAGAAGUGUUCCUGCUAUGUUUUGAAAUGUGCGUCAUUUUCAUUUCAGUAUGUUGUAUUUUGUUCCGUUAUCAUUGUAAAAAUUGGAAGACGAAUUUCGAAAAGAUUCUGAACAGGGUUGCACAGGUUGUUGUCCUUAUUGUUUUUCAAAUGUACCAUAAUGCUAAAAAGUGGUUUCAUACGUAAAGGGUGACGACUCAAAUUUUUAUGUAAUGCCAUUUUUGGGAUGGCAAAUAAAAGUUGUUUUGCAA